AUGUUUUCUAUCAGAUCAUCAUCUCGUGUUUUAUUAAAGGCUUCUUCAGCAACCACUCGUGCUACCUUGAAUGCAGCUGCUUCCAAGACUUUCACCAGAUCUAAAUAUAGUUUGCCAGAAUUAGACUAUGAAUUCUCCGCUACCGAACCAUAUAUUUCUGGUCAAAUAAACGAAAUUCAUUAUACUAAACAUCAUCAAACUUAUGUUAACAACCUCAAUGCUUCAAUUGAACAAGCUGUUGAAGCCAAAUCUAAAGGUGAAGUUAAAAAAUUAGUUGCCUUACAAAAAGCCAUCAAUUUCAACGGUGGUGGUUACCUCAAUCAUUGUUUGUGGUGGAAAAAUUUGGCUCCAGUCUCACAAGGUGGUGGUCAACCUCCAAGUGAAGAUUCCAAAUUGGGUAAGCAAAUCGUCAAACAAUUUGGCUCUUUGGAUAAAUUGAUUGAAAUUACCAAUGGCAAAUUGGCUGGUAUUCAAGGUUCUGGAUGGGCUUUUAUUGUUAAAAAUAAAUCCAAUGGUGAUACUAUUGAUGUCAUCACCACUGCUAAUCAAGACACUGUUACUGAUCCAAACUUGGUUCCAUUGAUCGCUAUUGAUGCUUGGGAACAUGCUUAUUAUUUGCAAUACCAAAAUGUUAAAGCUGAUUAUUUCAAGAACCUUUGGCACGUUAUCAACUGGAAGGAAGCUGAAAGAAGAUUUGAAUUUUAA